AAUGAGAGCUGUCUCCGGGGAGAGCGGAUAUAGUGAAUGCGGGGUCCGGGGAGAGCGGAUAUAGGGAAUGCGGGGUCCGGGGAGAGCGGAUAUAGUGAAUGCGGGGUCCGGGGAGAGCGGAUAUAGUGAGUGCGGGGUCUGGGGAGAGCGGAUAUAGUGAGUGCGGGGUCCGGGGAGAGCGGAUAUAGUGAGUGCGGGGUCCGGGGAGAGCGGAUAUAGUGAGUGCGGGGUCCGGGGAGAGCGGACGUGGCGAGUGCGGGGCCCGGGGAGAGCGGACAUGGUGAAUGCGGGGUCCGGGGAGAGCGGAGGUGGCGAGUGCGGGGUCCGGGGAGAGCGGAGGUGGCGAGUGCGGGGUCCGGGGAGAGCGGAUGUGGCGAGUGCGGGGUCCGGGGAGAGCGGACGUGGCGAGUGCGGGGUCCGGGGAGAGCGGACUAGGGGAAUGCGGGGUCCGGGGAGAGCGGACUAGGGGAAUGCGGGGUCCGGGGAGAGCGGACGUGGUGAGUGCGGGGUCCGGGGAGAGCGGACUAGGUGAAUGCGAGGUCCGGGGAGAGCGGAGGUGGCGAGUGCGGGGCCCGGGGAGAGCGGACUAGGUGAAUGCGGGGUCCGGGGA